GCCAGGUGUUCAAAAAAAUUGACGUAACAUAUGUGACUGACAAUUCGUGGUUACAAAUUUAACAGUUUUAAAAUUGUCAGGAAUGCAAAUCAGAAGAGUAAACACCAAUUAUUCUGGUUGCAAAUUUUGGACGCUAGUGUUUGCAAGAUAAAGGAAAACAAUGAGUGACAGUAAAGAAACAUUGAGUUCUUUUGUUGACAAGUCGCAGAAAAACACCGACUUUGAUAAAGUGCUAGGACGCAACAUUUUAGUAGCCCCAUCUGAGGAACAGUUUGAGUUGUUGUUACAGCGACUAAAGCAACAGCUGGGCGAAGGCCGGGGCGAAGUUAUUUUGGAGAUUGGGGGCUCGGAAGAUGGAAGCGAAAACGGCUUACUUGAAGAUGAGUUGGAGGCGGCGGUUGCGACUUUACAGUCAUUGGCGACAACACUGGAAUGCAGUUGUGUUAAAUUAAGAGAGCGCAAGGACGUUAGAGGGAUCAUAGCCCAAUAUUUGAUCCGGCGGGUGUUGGGACAGUCAGACUUUUUGGAGAUUCGCGUGGCCGUUGUUGGUAAUGUGGACGCCGGCAAAUCGACACUGUUGGGUGUCCUCACCCACGGCGAGUUGGACAAUGGGCGGGGACACGCGAGACAGAAGCUUUUCAGACACAAACACGAAAUGGAAUCAGGACGGACGAGUUCUGUUGGUAAUGAUAUCCUAGGUUUUGACGAGGAGGGGAAUGUUGUGAAUAAGCCUGAACAUGGGGCCCUCGAUUGGGUCAAAAUCUGCGAGAAAAGCUCAAAAGUGAUAACAUUUAUUGAUUUGGCAGGACAUGAACGUUAUUUGAAAACUACUGUGUUUGGUAUGACGGGGCAUGCGCCCGAUUUUGGGAUGUUGAUGGUGGGUGCGAAUGCUGGUAUUAUUGGCAUGACUAAAGAACAUUUAGGAUUGGCUCUUGCACUCUCAGUACCUGUGUUUGUAGUCGUAACAAAAAUAGACAUGUGUCCGGCUAAUGUUUUACAAGACAAUUUAAAAAUGUUGAUCAAAAUUUUAAAAUCUCCGGGCUGUCGGAAGGUCCCUGUGAUGGUCAAAACGACCGAUGAUGUCAUUUUAAGUGCUACAAAUUUCGUAUCAGAACGUUUGUGUCCAAUUUUCCAAGUCUCUAACGUCUCCGGCGAAAAUUUAGAGUUAUUAAAYACAUUUCUUAAUUUAUUGACCACAAGAAUGGAAUAUCACGAGAAUGAACCAGCGGAGUUUCAAAUUGACGAUACUUAUUCAGUUCCGGGUGUCGGUACUGUGGUUUCGGGAACCACACUUAAAGGAGUGAUUAGAUUGAAUGACACUUUAAUGUUYGGACCAGAUCCGUUGGGGCAUUUUCAACAAAUUGCCGUUAAAAGUAUUCAUAGGAAAAGAAUGGCCGUGAAGGAGGUCCGUGCGGGCCAGACGGCGAGUUUCGCCUUAAAAAAAAUUAAAAGAUCCCAAAUUCGUAAAGGAAUGGUCAUGGUAUCGCCCUCRCUGAACCCCCAAGCGUGUUGGGAAUUCGAGGGCGAAAUUCUCGUCUUGCAUCACCCCACCACAAUCAGUUCGCGUUAUCAAGCGAUGGUUCAUUGCGGGAGCAUCCGACAAACUGCGAGUAUUGUCCGAAUGUCGAAGGAUUGUCUCAGAACAGGCGAUAAAGCAAUAAUUCAUUUCCGGUUCAUCAAACACCCGGAGUAUAUGACURCGGGUCAAAGGAUGGUGUUUCGUGAAGGUCGGACUAAAGCAGUUGGCAACAUUGUGCGAAUUAUAACACAAACGACUCCCACGCAUCCGAAUGCACGAACGAAGCAAAAUAAGCAGCAAAGAUACGGAAACACACAAACCAAUCAGGUGACAAAAAAUAACGUUCAAUCUGGCUUGCAAGAGUUUUCAGAGAUUGGUACUGCUGUUGGAGAGACUACGUUUGAAGGAAGUACCGAUAAGCGUGAGCAUGGUGGACAAAAAUCCGGGUCGAGGAAAGGUCGAGGUAGGCGCGGAGGUCGUGGUAAAAACAAUAAUGCCAACUCAAACACCGCAAAACCUCUUACUGAGGCUAAUAUCAAUGCGAUUUCAAAUCUUAAUUCAACAAAAGUGCAAUCCCGAAGAAUGGGUUCGUUAGCUAGUAGACAACAUGCAGGGGUCGAGGAAGUGGACGUGGUGUCAAACCACGCGUACAAAUACCCGCCCAGGUCUGGGAACUAUUUUGGGAGCCACUUUAUAAUGGGCGGUGAACGGUUUGAUACKCCUCAACCCGAGUCGUACCUGUUCGGCGAGAAUUCCGAUUUGAAUUUUCUGGGGAGUAGACCGACCCCUUUUCCUUACCCUCCACCCCAACCUAAUGAACCGACGAAAACGCUCAAAAGUCUCGUAAAUAUCAGGAAAGAGUCGUUGCGGUUUGUUAGAGCUCCUGCUGAUUAUUCUAAACCAACUGAUAAGAAUGAGAGAGACAUCAGGGAUAUUGAGUUGGGGAAAAGUUCGACGUUUAAUAUCGAAUUUACGUUCGAUUGUGACGUUAGGUGUGCAAUAACAAUCUAUUAUUUUUGUUCAGAGGAGUUUACACCAAAUGGUGUCACGUACUUGCCGCGUGAUCCAAACAUGACCUCAGAAACUUUUCAUUAUAAACGUGGGGCGAAUCAACAGUUUUGUCAAAUGACUCAUGUUUUUGAUCCCUCAAAAUUCACAGAAGAGGAAUUAUUGUAUGAUGUUGACAGGGAGAUAAUUCCAAUUGCGAUUCAUUGUGUAGCUGAGGAAGGCACUGAGGAAAUGAGACAAUCACACACAACUAUAGCCACAGCCGAAAAAUUAUCUGACGGUACUUAUGUUUUAAAAGCUCUCAAACAGAAAUUAUUCGUCGACGGUCUUUGCUAUCUCCUUCAGGAAAUAUACGGCAUUGAGAAUAAAAAUAAUGACAAGCAAUCUGGCGACGACGAGACUGAWGAUAACGGUUCAGAAUGCGUAAUUUGCAUGUGCGACGUAAGAGACACUCUAAUAUUACCUUGCCGUCACUUGUGUUUAUGUAAUUCAUGCGCUGACUCACUCCGUUAUCAAGCAAAUAAUUGUCCGAUAUGUCGUGCCCCCUUUAGGGCGCUUUUGCAAAUUAGGGCUUUGCAAAAGUGCGCCAAUCCGAAUUUGGCCCAAAUCAAUCCACCAGAUGGUAGUUGCGAUAAUAUUCCGCCAGGUUACGAGGCCGUUUCGUUGAUUGAGGCCUUAAACGGCCCGUGUAUUCCUCGUCAGCCCCCAUCUGCAAUGCCUGACUUGGUUGAGACACCUGAGAGCGAACAUGCCAUUCAAGCAGCCCAGAUUUUGAACCGGAGUGCUGAUCGCACGCCAUUGAAGAGCAAAGGUUCGGAUCCCACCACCCCAGAGUAUGGGGUUUUGAUGACGACUCGUAUGGAGGAAGACCCUAAGGAGACCCCUAAAUGCCCCCUUCUCGACCAAAAAAUCUCAAGUCCGCGCGUCAAGCACCGCAUCCACGAUGCAGUGAAACACGUGAAUGAGAAAGCAGGAAAAGAUGAAAACGGUGAUGAAGACAGCGACGCUGAAAAACUGUCUCCACUAUUGCAAAACAGUGAAAAUCUCAGAAAUGGGAGUUUGGCAUUGAAUAUGGUAGACGUGGUUGAGCCUAUUGAUGAUACCGACACUGAUCAUGAAGAAGUUGCUUCAAGGCCGGCUUCUGAAAAAACAAAAACCUAUCGGAGCAACGGUGAAGAGCGAGGAGACGAAUCUGAUUACUACACUCCUGAAGAGCCAGCUCCGACUCUUGGACCUCUAUAUGAGAGUACUGGUGCUACUAGUUCUGUUGAAAGUACUCCACAAAAAUUGCCGGGGACACCGAUGUCYCAUGCUAGUGCUAGAAGUAGUGGGGAUAGCUAUACUAGCGGGUCUAGCACUAGGCAUUUGUUAGCUGUUGUGGCUCAUAAUGGGUUAAAUGAAAGAGCUGUACAUAUUUAAUUAUGUACGUUUUAAUUUUAUUYGUAAUUAUGGGCACACAAUUAUUUUAUUUAUAUUAUUCGAGCACGAUUUUCAAGUUUGCAACUUGCAUUUAGGUAAGGAGAUUAUUUUUUUUAACCAAAAUACUCAUUUGUGAUAAAUUGAGGCAUUUAAACGUCCCAAAUUAAUGAAUUUUAAUGCGAAAAUAGCGAAAUUUUUUUAUUUAUGUAUAUAUUGUGCAGAUGAACCUAAUUUAGUUGUUUUAAUUAAGUUUACAGGUUUGGAUAAUUAAGUAGAUUAUAUUUUAAAGGUGAUAUUGGUUUUGUAUAUAGUUUGUUAAAAUAUAUGUCUAUCAAACA